AUGUCUCUAUCGCGAAUUCCUCUCACUCAAGUUUUCAGAUCCAAGAGCAACAGCACAAGCUCGACGUCGUCUGACUCGGAAACGACAAGUCCCGGUACACGAGACACGACGCCAUUUUUCAGCAGUCCAGUCAGGGCAAACACUCUACCAGGCUUCGGCAUGGCGCAACCAAAUGCAGGAGCAGGAGCCCGGGGCACAAGAACCCCUCAAAUGCUCGAGUAUGAGCGACAAGCGGAAGAACGGCAGAAGGAGUACGACAGGAUGCAGGAAGAACGCGAGCGUAUGCUGGAGGCCGAGGAGAAGAUACAGCAAGAGCAAGAGAGGAUCGCUCAGGAGGAGUACGAGAUGAGACAAUACUAUGAGGCGGAAGCUUUGAAGCAUGCGGAGGAACUGAGGGUUCAUCAGGAGGAAAUCAAGAGGCAUCAGCAGAGAGUGAGGGAGCAUCAGCGUCGACUCCAAGAUCAUGAAGCCUCUGCUGAAGCUUUCGCUAGAGUAAUCGCCAUGCCCGCGAAACAAGGCAGAGAUAAAAUCUCAUUUAUCGCCGCUCCCAGGAAGAAUAGCGCGACUGCGAAUGGGAAUGGACAAGCGCCGGCUCAAUCUCAAGGGUGA